AUGUAAUAUAUUUAAAUUUAUAUAAAAUUUUUUAGAUUUGAACUUUUAAUAAUUUUUAUAACAUCUUUUCAGAGUAAAAAUCUUAAGUAAGAUAAAAAUAAAUCCAUUUAAAGAAUGCUUAUUAAAAGCUAUAAAUAAUUUAAGUAAACUGAAUUAAGUAGCUAUGAUAAAAUAAUGGUUCAUCUAAGAGGAAAUUCUAUUGAGUAAAAGGCAUCUUAAUAAAUUGCUCAAAAACUUUUAGGUUGUUUAAAUUUAUAAGCUUUAGAACUCAAUUUGAGCAACAAUAAAUUAGGAGCAUAAAGUAUCUCAUUUAUAUCAUUAAGUUUAGUGUCUUGUGAUUAGUUAGUUUCACUUAGCUUAGAUUUAAGCUAAAACUAAAUAGGAUUAUUUGGAAUUACUAAUUUGGUAGAAAAUCUAUCUAAAUGUAAAAAUCUUUCAAUUCUAAAAAUUGAUAUAAGUCAAAACAAGGUUUUAAGUUAAAGCUUUAUUGCUCUAGGAAAUGGUUUAAGAAAUUGCAAUAAGAUAUCAAAUUUGCAACUAAUUAUUGAAUAUAAUAAAGGGGAAAUAAUCCGUUUAAAGUAAAAAAUAACAAAGAUGAUUAGACUUGUCUAGAAGAUAAUAAAAAAUUGA